AUGCCCUCUCACACGCCCAAAGUUCCACUCAUUCAGAGAGCUCUGGUCUCGACUGGACCAGGCGUCCUUGCGCUGAAGCCAGUUCCCGUGCCUCGAAUCGCUCCCGACGAAGUCCUGGUCCGCACAGUUGCUGUGGCUCUCAACCCUUCGGACCACAAGCUGUUGGACCAAUCCACGACUGCAGGUGCGAUAUCAGGAGCGGACCUGGCAGGUGUUGUCGUUCGAGUUGGUUCCAGCGAAGAGGCGCAGUCUUAUCUCCAAGUCGGCGACCGUGUCUGUGGCUUUGCUUUUGGUGCGAAUCCGGGCAACCCUCAUAACGGUGCAUUUGCCCAGUACGUCGCAGCCACCGCACGAUUAUGCGUUCGCCUACCCGAAGACGUGAGCUUUGCCACCGCCGCUUCUUUGCCGAUGGGUCUUUUCACGGUUGGAUUCAUUUUCAGAAGCUUGGGACUCGACAUGAAACUGCCAACCACAACCGAAAACGGAAAAACCAAAGAGUUUGUCCUUGUUCACGGAGGCGGUACAGCAACUGGGACUCUUACCAUACAGCUUCUUCGGAGAGCGGGAUACAGGCCCAUAUCGACUUGUUCGCCGUCUAGCUUUGAGCUAGCGAAGAGUCGAGGCGCUGAGGCAACGUUCGACUACAACUCGCCCACAGCGUGCGACGAGAUACGCGAAUAUACGAACGACAGCUUACGCCUCGUCGUCGAUUGCAUUGGCAGUCCAGAGACUAUGACGUUAUGUUACAGUUCCAUUGGAGACUGUGGCGGUCGUUACGCGGCGCUGGAACGCUACCCGCGUCGCUUAACGAUUAGACGGAGGGACAUCACGCACGACUGGGUCUAUGGAUGGACGAUUUUCGGAAAAGAAGUCAAACUUGCCGGCGCUUAUUACAGGCCAGAGCUUCCAGAAGAUAAGGUCAUGGGAGAGCUAUGGGCCGAGGAAAUGGGAAAAGUACUGCAAAGCGGUGAGCUGGAACCGCAUCCGCUGGAUGUGUCUCCGGGAGGGUUGGGUGUUGUGCUUUGGAAACUGGACCUUCUGCGGAGAGGGAAGAUUAGAGGAAAGAAGGUGGUUGUCAUGAUGUAA